CUACGCGGAAAGGCCUGACGGAACAGAGCUUGGGGUCAGCUGUGCCGGCCCGGGUUUGCGAUUAAAGCUGGGUCUCCGCCCCUGGGCCUGGGAAGAUGGUGCUGGGGGGUUGCCCGGUGAGUUAUUUACUUCUGUGCGGCCAGGCGGCUUUGCUGCUGGGGAACCUACUUCUGCUGCACUGUGUCUCUCGGAGCCAUUCGCACAACACCACCGCUGAGCCCGAGCUCACAUCGGCUGGCGUCGCCCACCCGGAGGGCUCCCCCGGCGCGGCGAGCUGGGAAUAUGGCGACCCCCACUCUCCAGUCAUCCUUUGCUCUUACCUACCUGAUGAAUUUAUAGAAUGUGAAGACCCAGUGGAUCAUGUUGGAAAUGCAACGGCAUCCCAGGAACUUGGUUAUGGUUGUCUCAAGUUUGGUGGUCAGGCCUACAGCGACGUGGAACACACUUCGGUCCAGUGCCGGGCCCUAGAUGGGAUUGAGUGUGCCAGCCCUAGAACCUUCCUACGAGAGAAUAAACCUUGUAUAAAGUACACCGGACACUACUUCAUAACCACUUUACUCUACUCUUUCUUCCUGGGCUGUUUCGGAGUGGAUCGUUUCUGUCUGGGACACACUGGCACAGCCGUAGGGAAGCUCUUGACACUUGGAGGACUUGGGAUUUGGUGGUUUGUUGACCUCAUUUUGCUCAUCGCUGGAGGGCUGAUGCCCAGUGACGGCAGCAAUUGGUGCACUAUUUACUGAAAAGAGCCGCUGUCCUGGCUCAGAGGGGCAAGUCUUCUGAAUUCAUCUCUGCAGGCUCCUCCUGGACGUCAGACUCUUCCUUGAUAUCAGACUCGACCACUGCUUUCCCUCCUUGGAGGGAAUGGAUUUGGUUAGGAAGGUUUCCUUGGACUAUGGAUUUUCAGCGCAGAAUUUCCCCUUACAGACUAGAAAUGACACGCAAACAGUAUUGCCAGUAUCAUCUGUGUACCUUUCCUCAUGUACAAAAUAUAAAGGAUGGUAAUUAACUUAUAAACCGCAGCAGGGUUUCCACAUUCUUUACUUCUGUGCAUUGCUGUGUUGUCAGUCUUUUGGAGCAAGUGGACCCAACGGGAUGAACAAAGUGAAUAUUUUUCGCCUUGUGCCUUUUGUGAUCCUGAGCCUUCACGCAGAGAAGAACCAGCGAAAAUCUUCAGCAGAAGUAGAAAUGGUGAUGGAUUUUCAUACACAUUGAGAUUCAACGUUACCAACCUGGAAUGCUGGGUAUUCUCAGGAGGUACAGUGAAACUCAAAAUCAUACACGUUUUGCUAAAAGCUAGGCGUUUGGAGUGAGCCUAUUAAUUAAACCCUAUUGUUGCAUCAUCAUUAUGCCCAAGAGACAACACAUAUGAUACAAUAAUUUCUUCAUUCCAGUUAGGCUUUGAAAGCCAACAGUAUCAGACAUGUCUAGGUUAAGCUGUCCUCUUGGCAGAAUUUUCCUAUCUAAAAAUUCGUAUUUACCAGUUUAGAGAGCUGGUAAAAAAGAUUUCAUACAGGUAACUGUAAAAAUAUUCUUUAUGGUUAGGUAAGAUAAGGUGAGGAACCUCAUGACCUUGGAAAGAAAAACAGACUCUUACUUAAGGGAUAUUAUUUAUGAGUGCUGGCUAGAGUUAGGAUGUGAUUUAUAUGGGCAAAGAGAAAUUGAACGCAUUCUGUCAAAAUAAGCAUGGUACCAAACUCUCCCUGUGGGCUACAGCCAUCAGCCAGAGGUAAAGAGAGAACCAAGCUUUUGCAUUCCCAAAUCACUGAGUAUACAAAAAUGUUCUGAAUUAUAAAUGAUUUUAAAAACUUAGUUCCCAUCCCUUGCAAUCUGAGUUGAAAAGAACUGUUAAAGUACAUAGCAAAAGGACAAAUUUGUAUGUAAGUCAAACUAACAGCCUGCUACUUCAGUAACUUACAAUUUCCAGCAACAAUCAAUGUAGACCUGUUCAAAGUUUAGUCUCCUAAUAAUUGACAUAAAAACCAGGAAUCACAGUUAAACUAACUUUGGAAAUGCUCUAUCAUUAUGAAGCAGUAUUCCUAAAAGUUUCAGCUUUAUUAGCCCUGAUUAAUAUGAUCACUGCUAUUAAGUGAUGGCUAUCAUGUAGAAAUUAAAACAACUUAUUCUGUUCUACCUUGAAAGUUCUGGACCACAUUGACCUUAACCUUGUUUAUAACAGUAAUAAUUAAGAUUCUUACUCAAAAUCUCUAAGGCAGAAUUACUUAAAUUCCCAUAGGCCAUGAAGAAACGACCCUUUCCCCCCAGAAAUGCAGAUACAUAAAAUUUUGCAUAGGAUUUAAGGGAGUUCAAGGAUUCCCCUUAAAAAAAAAAACAGAGAGUUCAGUAGUAGAGUAGUGGCUUAGCAUGCACAAGGUCCUGAGUUCAAUCCCCAGUACAGUUACUUCCAUUUAAAAAAAUCAUAAAUAGUCUCCUCAACAACAAAACCACAACUGACUGCUAAGCAAACAUCGAGAAAAAAGACUGAAACCUAUUAAAGAUCUUCUUCAAAUGGAAAUAUAAGGAGGGAACCACAGCAGAACGGUAGGAGGGGCGUGAUAUAAUUGGAAACCAUACUUCCUGGGUGGGUGACCCACAAGCUGAAGAAUAAUUAAGUUGCAGAGGCCCUCCCACAGGAAUGAGAGUCCUGAGCACCAUAUAAGUCCCCAGCCUGGGGUUCCAGCAUUGAGAGGAGGAGACCCCAGGACAUCUGGUUUUGAAGGCCAGUGGGGCUUAACACCAGGAGCCCCACAGGACUGGGGUAAACAGACUUCAUUCUCUUGGGAAGUGUACACGUAAUCUUACGUGCGCCAGGUCCAAGGACAGAGGCAGUGAUUUCAUAGAAACGUGGGCCAGAAUUGCCUGUUGGAUUUGGAAGGUCUUCUGGGGAGGUAGGGGAUGGCUGCGGCUCACCUACGGGUCAUAAAAGCUGGUGGCAGACAUUCCUGGACUGUUCAUCUACACAAGCUUUCCUGGAGGCUGACAUCUUGACUGGAUCAUUGGCAUCAACACCUAGUCCCACUCAACAGACUCUAGACUUAAGUGCUGGGAAGCCUCAGGCCAAACGAUAUAUGGGGUGAGAAUGCAGCCCCAACCAUCAGCAAACUUCCUGAGCCACAAACAGCUCUAGACACACCUUGGGACAUGGCUCUACCCACCAGAGGACCAGGACCAAGCUUCACCCAGCAGUGGGCAGGCACUCCCACUGCUCCUGCCAGGCAACCUGCAUAAGCCUCUAGUCCAGCCUCAUCCACCAGGUGGCAGGUACCAGAAAUAAGAAAACAACAACCCAAAAGCCUGUGGAAGGAAUCCACAAACACAGGCCAGAAUCUACCCUGGGACUGGCUGAACCCUGGCCCUUGAGGUACAAGAGACGAGUGUACUGCUGGGAUGCAUAGGACGUCUCCCACAGAGGCCACUUCUCCAAGGCCAAGAAAUAUAACUAACCUACCUAAAAUUACAAAUAGAAAGACAAUAUGAGGUGGCAGAGGAAUAUGUUCCAGACCAAGGUGCAAGAUAAAACCCCAGAAGAAGAAUUAAGUGAUGAAGAGAUAGCCAAUUUAUCUGAGAAAGAAUUUAAAUUAAUGAUGGUGAAGAUGUUCAGAGAACUUAAACGGUGUAUAGAUGCACAGAGUGAAGAUUUUAGCAAAGAGUUGGAAAAUAUAAAAAAUACCCAGAGUUGAUGAAUAAAGUUACUGAAAUGAAUAACACAUUAGAAGGAACCAAGAAUAGACUAAAUGAGGCAGAAGAAUGGAUCAGUGAGCUAGAAGACAGGUUAGUGGAAAUCACUACAAAACAAAAAAGAAUGAAAAGAAUUGAGGAUAGUUUAAGAGAGCUCUGGGACAACAUGUAGUGCACUAAUAUUCACAUUAUAGGGGUCCCAGAAAGAGACGAGAGAGAGAGAGAGGACAUGAGAAAAUUUUUGAAGUGGUAAUAACUGAAAACUUCCCUAACUUGGGAAAGGAAACUGUCACCCAAGUCAGGGAAGCGCAGAGAGUUCCACACAGGAUCAACCCAAAGAGGAACACACCAAGGCACACAGUAAUCAAGUUGUCAAAAAUUAAAGAUAAGGAGAAAAUAUUAAAGUCAGCAAGAGAAAAGCAACAAGUAACAUACAAGAGAAGUCCAAUAAGGUUAUCUGAUUUUCCAGCAGAAACUCUACAGGCCAUAAAGGAGUGGCCUGAUAUAUUUAAAGUGGUGAAAGGGGAAAACUUACAACCAAGAACACUCUGUCCAGCAAGGCUGUCCUUCAUAUUUGAUCGAGAAAUCAAAAGCUUCACAGAUAAACAAAAUCUAAAAGAAUUCAGCACCGCUAAAUCAGCUUUACAACAAAAGUUAAAGGAACUUCUCUAGUCAUCAAACCACAGAAAAGAGAACCAAAAGAAGAGGAAAGUAAGACCUACAAAACAAACCCAAAACAGUUAACAAAAUGGCAAUAAGAACAUACAUAUCGAUCAUUACCUCAAAUGUAAAUGGAUUAAACACUCCAACCAAAAGACAUUGGCUGGCUGGCUGGAUAUAAAAACAAGACCCAUAUAUAUGCUGUCUGUAUAAAAGGCCCAAUUCAGAGCUAGAGACACAUGCAGGCUGAAAGUAAGGGGAUAGAAAAAGAUACUCCAUGCAAACGGAAACCAAAAGAAGGCUGGGGUACCAAUAUGUGUAUCAGACAAAAUAGAUUUUAAGGUAAAGACUGUUACACAAGACUAGGAUACUACAUAAUGCUCAAGGGAUCAAUCCAAGAGGAUGUAACAAUUGUAAAUAUAUAUGCACUCAACAUAGGAGCACCUCAAUACAUAAGGGAAUUAUUAAUAGACAUAAAAGGAGAAAUUAACAAUAACACAAUGAUAGCUGGGUACGUUAACACCCUACUUAAAUCAAUGGACAGAUAAUCCAGACAGAAAAUCAAUAAGAAAUUGACCACAUGCUGGCCCACAAAGCAAGCCUCAGUAAAUUUUUAAAAAUUGAAAUCAUACCAAGCAUCUUUUCCAACCACAAUGCUAUAAGAUUAGAAUACAACUACAAGAAAGAAAACUGCAAACACAUGGAAGUUCAACAAUAUACUACUAAACAAACAAUGGGUCACUGAGGAAAUCAAAAAAUACUUUGAGAAAAUGACAAUGAAAACAACAAUGAUCCAAAACCUCUGGGAUGCAGCAAAAGCAGUUGUAAGAGGGAAGUUUAUAGUAAUACAAGCCUACCUCAGGAAUCAAGAAAAAUCUCAAGUAAACAACCUAACCCUACACCUAGAGCAGCUAGAGAAAGAACAAACAAAACCCAAGGUCAGUAGAAGAAAAGAUAUCUUAAAGAUUCGAGCAGAAGGGGGAGGAUAUAGCUCAAGUGGUAGAGCGCAUGCUUAGCAUGCAGGAGUUCCUGGGUUCAAUCCCCAGUACCUCCUCUUAAAAAAUUAAUAAACAAAUGAACCUAAUUACCUCCCCCUUCAAAAAAAUAAAAGAUCAGAGUAGAAAUAAAUGAGAUAGACCUUAAAAAAAAAAAAUAGGAAAGAUCAGUGAAACUAAAAGCUGGUUCUUUGAAAAGAAAUUUGAUGAAUCUUUAGUCAGACUCAUCAAGAAAGAAAGGGAGAGGGUCCAAAUUAAUCAGAAAUGAAAAAGGACAGGUUAUAACCAACACCACAGAAAUACAAUGAUCAUAAGAGGCUACUCUGAGCAACUAUACGCCAGCAAAAAGGACAACGUAGAAGAAACAGAAAACUUCUUAGGUACAAUUUGCCAAGACUGAACCAGGAAGAAAUAGACAAUGUGGAAUGGGAUAGAAAGUCCAAAAAUAAACCCACACUCUUAUGGUCAAAUUAAUCUACGACAAAGGAGGCAAGAAUAUACAGUAGAGCAAAGACAGUCUCUUCAAUAAAAUGAUAACUGGGGAAAUUCAACAGUUACCUGUAAAAACUGAAACUGGAACAUUCUCCAAAACCACAUACAAAAAUAAACUCAAAAUGGAUUAAAGUCUUAAAUGUAAGACCAGAUACUGCAAACUACUAGAGGAAAACAUAGGCAGAACACACUCUGACAUAAAUCACAGCAAUCUAUUUUUUGAACCAGCUCCUGGAGUAAUGGACAUAAAAGCAAAAAUAAACAAAUCAGAUCUAAUUAAACUUACAAGCCUUUGCACAGCUAAGAAUACCAUCAACAAAGCAAAAAGACAACCUUCAGAAUGCGAGAAAAUGUUUGCAAAUGAGCAACUGGCAAAGGGCUAGUUUCCAAAAUACACAAACAGCUCAUACACCUUAGUAUCAAAAAACAAACAAAAAAAACAGGCAACCCAAUCAAAAAAAGGGCAGAAGACUUAAGUAGACAUCUCCAAAGAAGUCAUACAGAUGGCCAACAAGCACAUGAAAAGAUGCUCAACAUCACUAAUUGUUAAUGAAAUGCAAAUCAAAACUACAAUGAGAUACCACCUCACACCAGUCAGAAUGGCCAUCAUUAAAAAGUCUUCAAAUGAUAAAUGCUGGAGAGGGUGUGGAGGAAUGGAACCCCUCCUACACUGUUGGUAAGAAUGUAAAUUGGUGCAGCCACUAUGGAGGUUUCUUAAAAAACUGAAAAAUAGACUUACCAUAUGAUCCAGCAAUCCCACUGUUUGUUAGGCAUAUAUCUGGAGAAAAAUGUAAUUCAAAAAGACACAUGCACCCCCCUGUUCGUAUUCAUAGCAGCACUACUUACAAUAGCUAAGACAUGGAAGCAACCUAAAUGUUCAUUGACAGAUGACCAGAUAAAGAAGUUGUGGUUCAUAUAUACAAUGGAGUACUACUCAACCAUAAAAAAAGAAUAAAAUAAUGCCAUUUGCAGCAACAUGGGUGGACCUGGAGAUCAUCAUUCUGAGUGAAGCAAGCCAGAAAGAAAAAUGCCAUAUCACUUGUAUGUGGAAUCUUAAAAAAAAAUUAAAAGGACACAAAUGAACUCAUCUACAAAACAGAACCAGAGUCACAGACAUAGAAAACAAACUUAUGGUUACCAGUGGGUAAAAGGGGUGGGAAGGGAUAAACUGGGAAUUUGAAAAUUGCUCCUCUUGGGGAGUGAUGGAAAUGUUAGCUAUCUUGAUCGUGGUAGGGGUUUCACUGGGGCAUAUACAUCUAUCAAAAUUCAUCAAACUAUACAUUUGAAAUAUGUGUAGUUUACUAUACAGGAACCAUACCACAAAAAAAAAAAAAAAGAAGAAAAGAAAA